AUGUCUAGGCUAGAUUCCAAGGGUGUAACAAAAAGCUGUAUUUAUUUUUAUGGAAGCACUAACAAUUCUACUUGGAUUGGAUUUCUUCAUAGCAAAACCAACGAAUUAUUGAACAGAUUGGACUUGGCUUUGCCAAAGAGUGAUUCCUGUCAGAUUGCUAAUCGUGGCCCAGAAUCUACAGCAUGGACUAGGAGCCAUACUUAUAAGCAAGCUCUUCGAGAGGAUGAAAACAGAAGAUUAGAGGAAAUGAAGCAAGAACAACGGAGGAAGGCUGAAUUAAUGGAAUUUAAGCAAAAGUAGGAAGAGGAAGCCAGGACAAGAGCACGUCAAAAUGAACAGAGGAGGGUAAAUAAUGAUUUUCUGGACCGACUCCAGAACAAAACGCAACCUCGUGGAUCUUCUGAGAGUCUGGACUACCUCAGUAACGGCACCUGGAUGAACACCAAGAAGACUUGGGUUCAAGCAGCUACAAAAUCAAGGCAUGUUAAAGAAGCAGAUAUUGUUGCUGCUGGAGUUUUCAAGAUACUAGAGUGGAAAAAUGAGUAUCUUAAUCACUACAAGCUUUGGACAAGCCCUGAGCUGUGA